GACACAAUUUGUUUAAACUUCAAAAACAAGAGGAAGCUAAAAUAGCAUAUCAGGUUGCCCUUAACUUCAAGGAUCGACAAAAUCAACAUUUAAUUAAUUUGAGGUUAGGACACAUUCUCAUGCUGGAAGGAGACCAUAAGGCUGCUCGAGAUUACUAUAUGAUCAUCUGUAGGGACAGCCCUACACCUCUCUCUUGGCUUGGAUUGGGUAUAACAGCUUUUGUGGAUGAUGACAUGGAAGCUGCAGAAAUUGCGCUUAACGAAGCCAACAUGCUCGACUGCAGGAUUGGAAGAGUCUGGGGUUAUUUGGCCCUCAUCAACCUGAUGUUGGAUAGACCAGCUAUCUUUAACAGGUGCAUUCUACAGGCACUAAAGUACGGAUUUGAUGAUAAAGUUCUGCUGGAGCGGAUUGACAGUUUGGUCAAGUUGGUUCAACCAUUGGGAAACUAAAUAAUCAUCACAACAACCGAAGAAACGCCUAUUACUGCUGCGAGCUGUAUAUCUUUGAAUGUGCUACGGUAAAUUUUAAGCUAUCAAAGAAAUAAAGUUUACAACUGUAGUUGUAUAUAUUGCUAAACUAAAAAA